AUGGCCGGCGCAAUGCAGAACGCCAAGAAGGACCUCCCCAAGAUCCGCGAUGAGGAGCGCGAGGGGAGGUAUGGCACUGUCUUUGGCGUCUCCGGACCCGUUGUUGUCGCCGAGAACAUGAUUGGCUCCAGCAUGUACGAGCUGGUCCGCGUCGGUCACGACGAGCUCGUCGGAGAGAUUAUCCGAAUCGACAACGACAAGGUCACCAUCCAGGUCUACGAGGAGACGUCCGGUGUCACCGUCGGCGACCCUGUCCUCAGCACGGGCAAGCCGCUCAGCGUCGAGCUCGGUCCGGGCCUGAUGGAGAACAUUUACGACGGCAUCCAGCGGCCACUCGAGGGCAUCAUGAGGAAGAGCCAGGGCAUCUACAUUCCUCGUGGCAUCAACACUCAGGCGCUGGACCGAGAGCUGCAGUGGGACUUCACUCCGGCCAACCUCAAGGUCGGCGACCACAUCAGCGGAGGAGACAUCUUCGGAAGCGUCUACGAGAACGCGCUGCUCAAGGACCACAAGAUUAUGCUUGGGCCUCGCGCGCUCGGCACCAUUACCCACAUCGCCGAGAAGGGCUCCUACGCUGUCGACGACGUCGUGCUCGAGACCGAGUUCCAGGGCAAGAAGCAGAAGCACACCAUGCUCCAGAUCUGGCCCGUCCGAGCUCCGCGCCCCGUCACCGAGAAGCUCACCGCCAACAACCCGCUCCUCACCGGACAGCGUAUCCUCGACUCGCUCUUCCCUUGCGUCCAGGGCGGUACCACUGCCAUCCCCGGCGCUUUCGGCUGCGGCAAGACGGUCAUCUCGCAGGCGCUGUCCAAGUACUCCAACUCUGACAUCAUCACCUACGUUGGCUGUGGCGAGCGAGGCAACGAGAUGGCCGAGGUCUUGGCCGAGUUCCCCGAGCUUACCCUCAUGCGCGAGGGCGAGGAGUACCCCAUCAUGAAGCGAACGACGCUGGUGGCCAACACUAGUAACAUGCCAGUCGCUGCCCGCGAGGCGUCGAUCUACACGGGCAUCACGCUCUCCGAGUACUUCCGUGACCAGGGCUACAACGUUGCGAUGAUGGCCGACUCGACGUCGCGAUGGGCCGAGGCGCUUCGAGAGAUCUCGGGUCGUCUGGCCGAGAUGCCGGCCGACUCGGGCUACCCGGCGUACCUGGGUGCCAAGCUGGCCAGCUUCUAUGAGCGUGCCGGCAAGGUGACGUGUCUCGGUAGCCCCGAGCGGAACGGUUCCGUCAGCAUCGUCGGCGCCGUCAGCCCGCCCGGUGGCGACUUCUCAGACCCCGUCACCUCGGCCACGCUCGGCAUCGUCGGCGCCUUCUGGGGUCUCGACAAGAAGCUGGCGCAGCGCAAGCACUUCCCCUCGGUCAACUGGGACGUCAGCUACUCGAACUACAUCAACGCCCUCGAGCCUUACUACGAGAAGAACGCGCCCGACUUCAUUGCGCUGCGGUCGACUGCCAAGUCGCUGCUGCAGAAGGACUCGGACCUCGCCGAGAUCGUGCAGCUGGUCGGCAAGAGCGCGCUCGGCGAGAACGACAAGGUCACGCUCGACGUCGCCAAGAUCAUCAAGGACGACUACCUCCAGCAGAACGGCAUCUCGGAGUACGAUGCCUACUGCCCCUUCUACAAGACGAGCGGCAUGCUGAGGAACAUGGUCGACUUCCACGACCGCGCCCAGGCGGCCAUCAACAACAACCCAGACAUGACCUGGGCCAAGGUCAAGGAGCACUGCUCCGACAUCAUCUACCGGCUUUCGCAGCAGAAGUUCGAGAGCCCCAAGGAUGGCGAGGAGACCAUCACCAAGAAGUUCGACAAGAUCAACCAGGACAUGCAGGAGGCCUUCCGCACACUCACGGAUUAG